AUGAGCUUGGAUCAGACUCAAGAGAGCUUGGAGAUGCUUUUUCAUGUUUCAUCAAGAGAAGACAAUGGAAAUUUAUCUAACAAUACCCAAUCUUUGCCAUCACCAUCUAAUAUCUCUGAUAUACUACAAAAUAAUGUUGAAUCUUAUAAACUUAUUGAAGAUGCUGCUAAUUCGAAAAUGCAACAAUUAGAUCAGUCUUUGCAGUUUUCUGACAUUCAAGGACAGUUUUCAUCUCCUUAUUUUUCUCCUCAACAAGCUGAUUCUAUUAUUGGGCUAUCGCAUCAGGAUGAAAUGUAUGAUUCUAGUAAUUUUUCUUCUCCUUCAUCUAUUGGAAUGCCUAGUCUACUUGGAUACUCGCCUGCAACAAUUAUACAAGGCGGACAUACACCUGAAUCUCAUUUUUCUCAACAGCAUCCAUAUUUAGUUCUUCAACAACAGUCGCUUGGGUCAUUAAAUAACAACUAUUAUGAACAGCAAUCUUAUUUUCCAUCUUUUGCAACAAAUUUUUCUCCUGUUUAUCCAUAUCUUGCUCAGGGAGAUACAAGUUAUACUUCUUUUUGGGUAAAUGGACAGUCACAGUUUAAUGGAAAAUUUGAAUCAUUUUUGCCUUUUAUUCACUCUUUAUAUCAGACUUAUGACUAUAACAACGCUAUAAAUUAUCAGACUUAUGACUAUAAUAACACCAUAAAUUAUCAGCCUUAUUCGCAGUUAUUAUCUUUACAAAAUAAUUAUUCAUCUAUGGGACCUAUUUUGUAUACCACUUGUGGGGAAUCAUGUGCUGGCUGUCCUAAUUGUUUUUCAAAUCAAUUGUCUUCUUCAAAUAGGGUUUCUAAGAAUGAUAACAAUUUACAAUUAUCUAUGCAGUCAUCUCAAAACAAUUAUUCUCUGAAGAAAAAGUCAACUUCUACUAAGUUUCCUCUUACUUCUCGCCCUAUUAAAGUUUCUACUGUUUUUUCGAAUCGUCCAUUCAAGUGUGAUCAAUGUUUUCAAAGUUUCAAUAGGAACCAUGACUUAAAAAGACAUAAAAGAAUUCAUUUGGAUGUUAAAUUAUUUCCGUGUCCAAGCUGUGAUAAGUCUUUUUCACGCAAGGAUGCUCUUAAAAGGCACAUUUUGGUCAAAGGAUGUAUUAGGUGA